UGGGGUUUCUGUUUCAAUGGAAGUACAGAACAUUUGAAGAAACAUUGAACCAACGGUAAGGUUGGGGAACAUUUCCCCCUGCACUAAUUGUCCAUGUCUUGAUGUGGCUAGCUCAUGAGCUGUUGUCUGACCAUUUCAGGUGCUUGACAUCUUGAUCGGAUCCGGAUUUUUCUUUCGAUUGUUGGUGCACUUGUGAUUGGCAGUGAUGGAUGAGACCGGCAGACGUGGCCGUGACUCUCGGUCCUGAGUGUGUUAUUGGGCCCUGUGCACGGACCAUCUACCGACCAAAUGCCCCCAAAAUGGUUCUCGAUCUCCAAGAGGUCGACGUGGAGACCGAUUUCCCUGCUAUUUCCAGGUGCCUCUUCGAGGCGCAUGAGGAUCCGAUUCAGAAAUUUUUCCACCUGUGGUUCCCGAUUUUCGGUAACAACAAGCAGGCCAGGGAGGAUGCCAUCGCAGAAGGAGCUGCGAGGUUGAAGCUCUGGCACUCGGAGGAUCCGUCCAGCAACUGGAGGAAGGUGGUUGACACGGAAUCUGGAAGGAUUGUGGGGGCCGCUUUGUGGAACAUUCACCUCGAGAAUCCCUUUGCAACCCCCGACAGCAUGGAGGUGACCUGGUUCCCUCCAGGGGGCGCCAGGGAGUUUGUCGAGGAGAUGAUCACCGAAUAUGACGCACCAAGGGCACAGGCCGCCCAGAAGCCGCAUGUUUACCUUUUUGUAUUGUUCACGCACCCCGAUUCUCGACGCAAAGGUGUGGGACAGCAGCUCCUCAACUGGGGCUUAGACCAGGCGGACAAGCUCAAGCUUGAAGUUUAUCUAGAUUCGACUGGCCCAGGAAGGCCAUUAUAUGAGGUCAACGGCUUCUCAUACCUACAGGAGCACCAUAUACGCCCAAGAAAAGAGAACCCGGAUCGUGAGUGGCAAGAAUUGGAGGAAAAGGUUGGGCCAAUUGUCUUUUGGCCGAUGAAGAGACCCGCCAACGAGAGGGGGAAUUGGACACGGCUGGAUGCUUCUACGGGUACUUCGACGCAGGAACUCACGACGGAUAUUGAUCUCUCGAUUGGAGCGGGACGGGACGGCAGGGCGGCAGGGCGGCAGGUUUCACACACCGGUAGGCCGUCUGACACACCGGUCAGCCGUCUGGGCGACAAGGACGCGUGCGAAUGAGGAAGCUCGACAACUAUUGGAGCCUGCAGGACCUGUUGGUUGCAGGUCUAGGCUAGGCACUCAAGAAACAUGGCGAACCAGGCGACAAUUCAUGCGACCCCAAUCCAUCGCAUGUGAUAUCUUCCAGAAAUUUCUGAUGAAUCGUUCGACUCGGACUCUUCGGUACUUUCUAGCGUUUCUAGAGUGAUGAGAUACAUUUGAAACUCGGGUUGGGAAGGUCGCACCCUUUUCACUGGUCUGUAGUCGUGGUUGCACAACGUUGAAUCCGUCUCACGAGUCCAACAGAUGACUAGUCGCAAAAGACAUGACAUGGCUUGCAAUGGCUGGAACAAGAAAGCGGCAUCUGCUCCUUCAUACCCA